AUGUUUCACGAGCAAGGGCUGAAGGCGUUACUGUGGAUUUUUCAAGAAGCAAAGUCAUCUCGUGUAAUUUCAAGGAGAGAGUCACUUCCUAACAUGCUUAAUUUGAACAUGGACGGAGAAGAGUUGACAGAGCAAGAAACUGCAUUGUAUGAUCGCCAAAUUAGGGUUUGGGGUGCUGAUGCUCAACGAAGACUAAGCAAAUCCCAUAUAUUAGUUUAUGGAAUGAAGGGCACUAUUGCCGAGUUUUGCAAGAACAUUGUUUUGGCUGGAGUUGGAAGUCUGACACUAGUGGAUGGCAGAACUGUGACUGAAGAAGCACUGUCUGCUAAUUUUUUGAUACCACCUGAUGAAAAUGUUUGUAGUGGGAAAACUCUUGCUGAGCUUUGCUGUGACUCUUUGAAAGAAUUUAACCCCAUGGUCCGUGUUUCGGUUGAAAAAGGUGAUUUGGCAAGCUUUGGUGCUGAAUUCUUUGAUAAGUUUGACGUUGUAGUUAUUAGUUGCUGCUCCCAUACAACCAAAAAAUUGAUCAAUGAGAAGUGCCGGAAGUUAUCGAAGCGGGUAUCAUUUUAUACAGUUGACUGUAGAGAUUGUUGUGGUGAGAUCUUUGUUGAUUUGCAGAAAUAUAAUUAUGCGAAGAAAAAGCUUGAUGAAACUACUGAAUGCGAACUGCAAUAUUCAAGUUUUCAGGAAGCUGUUUCAGUGCCUUGGAGAUCACUUCCCCGGAAAGUCUCGAAGCUUUAUUUCGCUAUGAGAGUGAUUGAAAGGUUUGAAGAGGCUGAAGGACGCAAGCCAGGAGAAAUUUGUAUCGAGGACCUUCCUGCUGUUCUCAAGUUGAAAAGGGAACUUUGUGAGGCACAGUCUCUGAAUGAAUCUCACAUUCCCGAUGCCCUCCUCGAAAGAUUAGUUAUGGGGGCAAGAGAAUUCCCUCCAGUUUGUGCCAUCAUUGGAGGAAUCCUUGGACAGGAGGUAAUCAAAGCGAUAUCAGGCAAAGGAGAUCCCCUCAAGAAUUUCUUCUUCUUUGAUAGUGUGGAUGGGAAAGGCAUGAUAGAGGACAUAUCAGAUCCUAACACAAAUAGCUGA